AUGAACACAUAUGGAACAAUCUCACAAGAGGCAGAGGCUUCAUCGAAUCCAGACUCAGUUUUCGUUUCACAGGCGAAAGAGCGCGUUCAAACGGGUCUUGGCACAAUAAGACCAUGGAAAGAAAUGCUCCAACCUUCUCAUCUCAAACUUCCAUCUUCCUUCUACGGUUCAAUCCAAAGAAUCAACACAAAUGCCAGACAUUUUCGUGCCAACUACGUCAUCAUCAUAUUGCUUGUGCUUUUCCUUAGCUUACUAGGACACCCCGUUUCUUUGAUCAUACUCAUUGUUAUGAUGAUUGCAUGGCUGUACUUAUAUUUCCUACGAGAUACCCCUUUGGUGAUUUUGAGGUUCGAGAUCGAUGAGCGAUUGGUGGUCAUCUUUCUCCUGUUGAUCACCAUUGGUUUGCUUGUGAUCACCAGUGUAACCUACAAUGUGGUAGUGGGUAUGAGUGUUGCCUUAGUGCUUGACUUGCUCCAUGCUGUGAUGAGGGAAACGGAGGAUCUGUUUACCAUGGAUGAAGAGGUAGGGAUAGUAAAGGGUCUUCGAGAUGUUGUCAAAGUCCCUCUCAGACAACCUGUUUCCUCUUCUUUUACUUCGUCUUAGAAUCAAAUUCAGAUGCAUGCUAUUGCCAGAAUUCAAUUAGAAUCAGGAGGUUGUAAAGGGUCUUUUAUAUUUCUUGUCACUUCCCUUCUUGAUUCUUGAUUCAAAAUUAUCCAAUGCAUUUUUCAUCCAAAGUUGCAUUAUCCUUUUUGUCAUUUCUCUAUAUCUGAAGCUAUCUUAAUCCAAUGGAAUGUAGUUUUAUUGUGACAUGUGUUGAGUUGAGAAUAUUAUUCGCCUUUAUUGCGGGUAAAACAAGAGUUCAUUUAAUUGCCUUGACGAUGAACCAAGUCAAUUUUUGUAUUUUUCUGAAGUCAGUAAUUGGCCGCAUAUAUAGUUCAAAAGUAACAGUUGCGUCCAAAUUGAAACACUUGCUUGCCAAUUUCCGCUGCAGUUUGUACACAUUGACUCGUGGAAAGGUAUCAGAGUGGCAGUUUAAAGGGUUAGGAAACGCACGAUAGUCAAGACUCCACCAACUUGGCAUCAUACCCUGCUGAUAGCAACUGCCACAAAUGCUUCAAAUUACAAUUCAGUCAGUUCCAACUACCCCACCAUUCAAUUUAAUACAUAGCACAUAGUCUAGUAGUUCAAUAAGCCACGAUUGACACAAACUCUUAUCUUGAUCAAAAUUUUACUUUAUUUAUAUUCUCUCAUUUUCUACUCAAUCUACUUCACAGAUAGGGGAAAAGCUUUUGCACUCACUAAAUUCUUUUUGACACAUAAAGAAAGAUAAAAAAUGCUUAUGAAUGAUAAAUGAUAUGAUGUUAUAAGAAGACAAAUAAUAAUAAUGAUUACCAAGUGUUUGAUACAAUGGGAGGUUUAUGUAUUAUAACUAUAUUUUGUUUUUAACCAUAACGUCUCUCACAACAUUAAUAAUUUCGAUAAAACUGAGUAGAUAAACUCAACAUGUCUACUCUGCU